UACGAAGCUGCCUGGAAGAUGGGCAAGUGGGACCUGCCAGCAGCUCAGCUCCCGGACUCGUCCAACUCGUCACCCUACCCGCCCUCCACCUUGCUCAUACUCACAGCCCCACCUGGCAGCAGCAGCACUGCGUCCACCAUGCCUGGUGCUGCUUCUGCCUUCCACGCCGCUCUCUACAGGCGCGCCUCCUGAGCCAGGCAGCAGUGCAUGUGCAACAUCUCAAGGAUGCCUGCCGCACCCUCACAGCACGCAGCCACACACCCACCACUGUGCCGCACCUGCCACCAACAAGCAGCGCUGCCACAGCAUCGGCAGAGGAGGGGACGUGGGGAGUGGAGGGGGUGGCAUUCUGUGGGCGGGUGGAGGAGGCGAAGCUGCUGGCAUUGGAAGGGCAGCAGGACAUGGCCGUGCGCCUGCUGCAGCACCUGCUGCGCCCAGACCUGCCACCGCACGCUUCCCAGGGGUCUGCUUCACCUUCUGCCGCCUCUGCUGCUGUUACCACUGCUGCUGUUACCACUGUUGCUGCUGCAUGUGUACCAGUGUCUGACCGCAUCUACACGCUCGGCUUGGCGGCCAAGUGGCUUGGGGAGACGCGCUCUAUAAGCUCGCGGGUGGUACUGAAUGACUACCUGUGGCGCGCAGUGGACCUCACAACCCACCCGCCCACUGCCUCACACUCCGCCUCGCCCUCUGCUGCUGCUGCUGCUGCCACUGCACCCCCAAGCUAUGCCUCCCUUCCGUUCGCCAAUAACUGGCACCAGCAGAAACAGGAGCGGCAGUGGAAGCAGCAGCAGCAGCAGCAAGGGGGAUAUGGUGGGCAGCAGGGGGGUGAGAGGGAGCAGGGGGGACAGGAGGGGGAGCAAGGCCAGUGGCAGCAGCGGCGGCAGUGGGGAGAGGUGCAUUUUCAAAUGGCGCGCUACGUGGAUGGGCUGUUUGUGGUGCUGCAUACUCGCCUGCACUCGCAGCAGUGGCGUGCGGCACAGGAUCUGACGACCCACAAGCGGAAGGAGUUGGAGGAGAUGACAAAGCGACUAAAGGCUUCUAGACGAGAGGACGAGAGGCGGGUGUACGGGAUGAAGAUGAUGGAGCUACAGAAGCAGCUGAGCAUGGACGACCAGGAGGCCAACGACCUGCAGGGAGAGCAUGACAUGUACCUACGUGCUGCUCUCGAGAACUACAGGAACUGCCUUCUGGCGGCCGACACGUUCAACAUCAAAGGGGUGUUUCGCCUGACAGCGCUCUGGUUCACGCUGCUCAACGAUGCCACGGCUGACGCAGUCAAUGCGGAGAUGCUCACAACCAUCCAGACGGUGCCGUCAUACAAGUUCCUGCCACUCGUCUACCAGAUGGCAUCACGCAUGAGCGAGCGAGACCCCCACGGCUCACCGCCGCUCCACCCUGAGACACCCGACUUCCAGUCAGUGCUGACAACGCUCGUCAAGCGAAUGGCGGACGACCAUCCCCUGCACACAUUGCCUGUGCUCAUGGCGCUGGCCAAUGGCAACAGGGUGCGUAGCAGCCAGCGCGGGCGCAACCUCUUUGUCGUGGAUGAGGACAAGAUCCGGGCGGCAAAGGCUGUCCUGGGCGGCAUGGCUGAGCGGCACAAGCCCAUGCUGGAUGAGAUGCAGCAGCUGAUGGAUCUGUACAUCCGCCUAGCGGAGAUGGAGUCCAGCAAGGAGGAUCUCAUGCGUUCAAAGCAGCUACCGAGAAACUUCCGCAGCGUCAGGGACCUCUUGCGGGUUCCCGUGCUCACAGCCUCGGUGCCUGUGGACCGAACCUGCUGCUAUGCCCCGGGCUCCUUCCCUGCCUUCUGCGGACUCAAGGACAGCAUGCGGGUGAUGCACGGGGUGAACGCACCAAAGGUGGUGGAGUGUGUGGGAUCGGACGGCCGUGUGUACAAGCAGCUCGCCAAGUCGGGCAACGAUGACCUGCGCCAGGACGCUGUGAUGGAGCAGCUGUUCGGGCUGGUGAACUCGCUGCUGCAAGCCCACGAGGGGGCCACCAGGCGCCACCUCGCCAUCCGCACCUACAAGGUGGUACCAUUCACUCCCAGUGCAGGACUGCUCGAGUGGGUGGAUGGCACCCUGCCGCUUGGGGAGUACCUUCUAGGAAGUACUCGCAAGGGGGGGGCGCACGCACGCUACGGGGGCUCUGAUUGGCCAUUCAUGACGUGCCGUGAAGUGGGGUACGUGGUGGGGCUGGGGGACCGGCAUGCGAUGAACAUUCUGCUGGACGAGCGAUCAGCAGAGGUGGUGCACAUCGACCUGGGGAUUGCGUUCGAGCAGGGGCUCAUGCUCAAGACGCCCGAGAAGGUGCCCUUCCGCCUCACGCGGGACAUCAUAGACGGCAUGGGCGUGAGCGGCGUGGAGGGGGUGUUUCGAAGCUGCUGUGAGACGGUGCUGGCGGUGAUGAGGGAGAACAAGGAGGCACUGCUGACAAUCAUCGAGGUGUUCAUCUAUGAUCCUCUUUACAAGUGGGCCCUCUCUCCGCUUAAGGCGCUGCAUCGACAGAAGAUGGAGGAGAGUGAGGAGGCGAUGGAGGAGGAGGGGACGGAGGAGGAGAGCGGGGCAGCGAUGGAGGGCAACGAGGAGGCCACGAGGGCACUGCUGCGAGUCAAGCAAAAGCUCGACGGCUUUGAGGACGGCGAGAUGCGCAGCCUGGCUGGGCAGGUGCAGCAGCUGAUCAAGGACGCACAGGACCCCGACCGCCUUGCCGUCAUGUUUCCAGGAUGGGGAGCUUGGCUGUAG